UAUUAGUUAAAUCAACUUCUUUGCAGCCAAUCAUUCAAUUUUGGAAGAUAGCCAAAAGUUGUUCUAAAGGCAGCCAUUUUAAGACACAGAAGUUACACAAAUAGUGACAAGAAUACUGUAUGACAAUCUUUUGACUAGUUGUGGAUAAGACAGGUGUUAUUGUAACAGGAUUAGCUCUUGCGGCCGUCGGUUUCGUAGGAAGAGCUGUUUAUAAGCAAUUACCUAAUGUGUCUCAAAAAUUCAGUGAAGCACUCAAAAGCAUGCCUGCUCUGGAUUCUGCGACAUUAGCAAACAGUAAAUAUUACAAAGGGGGUUUUGAACCCAAAAUGACAAAACGUGAAGCCGCACUGAUCCUAGGAGUAUCUCCCAAUGCUAGCAAGCUCAAAAUAAAGGAAGCUCAUAAACGCAUCAUGUCACUCAAUCAUCCAGACCGUGGAGGUUCACCUUUAAUUGCUGCAAAGAUCAACGAGGCCAAGGAUUUACUGGAAACUGGGAAGUCAUAAUAGUGUUCCAAGAUGUAGUUCUAGCAGAAUAUAAAAGUAUUUGAUCAUUCUUUGACUAAUGUAAAUAUGUAAAUAAUUUUAAGUACUCAUAGUAUGGUGAAUAUAUUCUUCCACAAACAUUUUAAAAAGUUAUUUCCCUUUUGAAUGAAAUUGUGGAUUAUCAUCGAAUGUCUUGGACACGACCAAGAAUAAUCUUCCUAUGUAAUUUAACCAACAAAUUCAAAUAAAAUAAGUUUAUUUGACCAUGUGUAAGAAGCCACUUCUACAUUAUUUCUUUUGAAUGCUCAUGGCUGACUUACCUCCUUUUUUAAUGCUUCAAACUGUACUUUUCAAAAUACUUUUAAUAUCCGCAAAGGGGAAAAAAAAACAACCUUCAGUUAAAUUAACCCUUUGCUCUCCUAAUUUCUAGGGCCUCUAUCAGAACUAUUUAAAUUCUACUACACCCUCAAUACAAGGCGUUAGCAGACGUCAAAGAAAAAGGCAUUUUAGGUAAGAUUUUCACAACAGCAUUUUUCUAACCUCUAAGAAAAUCUAAUGAAUGAUUUUAAAACUAAAGUCUCAAUGUAACCAUGUUAGACAUUUACAGUGUUUGCAUUGCUGAACAUGGAAGAGCUGGGAAUUUAACUAGGAUUUCCUCUUUGCUCCGCCAGCACUGUAUCCACUAAGCUAUUGCAAUUUACAUCAAGAGAGACCCAUUUAGUCAACAUUGGUAAUAUCAUUAACUAGUUUAAUAUAGCCUAACAAAUUUUCUAAAAAUUGAAAUGGCUCAAACCUGGUAGACACAUUUACUUCACAGGUGUGUCCACCUGUCGAGCAUAAGCCAAUGCACUGCAUAGCUCAGAAAAAGUGUGUUGAAUGUGACAACGGAGCUUAAAGACUAAUAUAUUAUAUGUAAUUUAGCCAUCUAAUUUGGAAUUCAAAGUUUUUCUGUUCCUUUCACACUAGAGAAAAGAAUACAAACGUUUUCUUUGGAUUUAAUUUUUUUAAAUGAAAAUGAAAGAAAAAUUGUUGGUUGUAAGCAACUGAUAUCCAACCACUGUAUUCAAAAAUAUCAGUACUUUUGAUUCUUCCACUAAUUUGAGAAAUCAAAUAUUCAAAUUUAUGGAAAGCAAAGUUUGUUUUGCACUAGAGGGAAAACUACGAAGAAAAUUUAUUUAUGCAUCAAGCCACGAGUUCUAGAAACAUGACAAAUAUAAUUAAGAUGUUGUGAGAACAUAUUAACAUAAUUAUGUUAAAGGAAUGUAUGUUUGAUAUACAUCUAGUAGUACAUGAUAAUUUUUUUUUUCUUCACAAAGAACAAGUGAUGAAAACUUAAUUUUAUACGAGAGGAAAAUGUUUUUAACCUGUUAUUAAUUGAACUUAUAGUGUGAAUAAACAGAUAACACUAUUACAUUUGAUGUUAAUGAUCUUGACCUACAACUCAGCAACCUAAAAGGAGCAUAAUUUAUCUGAUUUUACACAAAUGUGGAGAAUAAUUAGAAUGCAGAAGUACAAACAUUUCUCACUUUCGG